GCUUUGAUCUGUGCUAAUUGUCGAACAACCACUACACCUUUAUGGCGAAGGGAUGAACAAGGCAAUACGAUCUGUAACGCAUGUGGGCUCUAUUAUAAAUUACACCAUGUUCAUCGUCCUGUCAGUAUGAAGCGUAGUGUGAUCAAAAGAAGGAAGCGU